AUGAGUCAGACAAUUCAUUAUGGUGGAUCAUCAUCACGCGGUGAUAAAGACUUCAACAUGGACGAAUUUAUCUUUGAUGAACCUGAAGUAACAUUGAACGAAGAUGUAUCAAAUGUUGUUAUCAUUGAUGGAUUACCGAUUAUUGAACAAUCCAAGGAAGAGGCUUUAAAGUCCAAGGUAUUGCAAAUUGUGGAGAAGAAGGGAGAGGCUAAUAUUUUGAAUUUUUACAUUCCAUAUGAUAGCAACGGAAAGUCAAAAGGAAUGGCUUUCGUUGAAGUAGAGAAUGCCGAGCAAGCUAAGAAGGUUAUUGCUGGCGUAGAGGGCUUCCAAUUUUCCAAGUUUACAUUGCACGGAAUUUCAGCAGCUGAUGUAGACAAAUAUAACAAGUUUGAUGAGAAUACAUACCUACAACAACAAAAACAACAACACUCAAAGCAAUACAAGGAAAGAGACAAUUUGGUAAGCUGGUUGAAGGAUGAAAAGGCAAGAAGCCAGUACGCCUUGAGUUAUGAAGACACAGUAGAUAUCUGUUGGAAUGACCCACUUCACUUGAAGGAGAUUGUCUUUUCGAAAGAAAAGUGGUCCGAUGGUGAUAUUGACUUUUCUCCAUUGGGAUCCUAUUUGGUUACAUAUCAUGAACAAGGUGCUGCCUUGUGGGGUGGUCCGCAAUUCACACUUCAAGACUCAUUGUCACACAAAAAAGUGACUAGCGUACAAUUCUCUCCAAAGGAGUCAUUUGCUGUUACUGUAAGUGAAUUGCCAGGAAGAGCUAGCUUGUGGGAUUUGAGAGCGCAAAGAAAAGGUUUGACUAUCCAAUUGAAGGGCAAUCUCCGAGGUCCUGUCUUUAAGUGGAGCGCCGAUGAGAAGUACUUUGCAAGAUUGGGUGAAGACUGUAUUCACAUUUUUGAUUCCUCAACUAUGGAAUUGCUUGGCGGAAAGCCAUAUCUUGUUCCAGGUGUCAGAGAUUUUGCAUUUAACCCAGAAGGAAAAUCAUUCUUGAUUUAUGCAGCUGUGAAUGAAUCAAACGGUGAAGGUACCGUUUCCUUGGUUGAAGUUGGAAGAAUUGUUAAAGACUUGAAAUCAAAGCCAUACUAUAAUGUAACAGAUAUUAAGUUGAAAUGGCAACAAGCUGGAGAUUAUAUUGCUAUUGCUGUAAGCCGUGAAUCUACUCUUUCAACAGAAAAAGUUACGACAACAACAUUUGAUAUCAUGCGAGUCAAUCAAAAGAACUUCCCAAUUGAAGGUGUAACAGAUUUCAAUGACUGUGUGGAUGACUUUGAAUUUGAACCUGUUGGUGAUACCUUGGCAAUUAUCCAUGGUCCUGGUAAUGUCAAGAAAUCUUUCAGCUUGUACACAUUCAAGGGCACAAGCCACAAACUUAUCAAAAAGGCUGAAAAUAAGACAAUUAACAGAAUGUUCUGGUCACCUCGUGGUCAUGACUUAGUACUUGCCAACACCAAGUUGGUGAGCGUUACAUUGGAAUUCUGGAAUGCUGAUGAAGGAGAACUCAUUGGUACUGGCGAGCACUUUGCCAUGACCGACGCUUGUUGGGAUCCAUCAGGAAGAUACUUUGCUUCAUUUGUUAGCGCUGAACGAAGAUCUAACGACAAUGGUUUUAUUAUUUGGACUUUCCUUGGUAAGAUUAUGCAUCAAGCUCAUGUUGAUAAGCUUCAUUCUUUCAAAUGGAGACCAAGAAUUCCAUCUCUCCUUACCAAUGCCAUGGAGAAGGAAGUUAAAAAGAGAUUACCUCAAAAGAAAGUCGAAAUUGAAACCAAGCAACUCGAAGCUGCUAGAGCAAUGCGUGACGAAAAGCUCAGAAAAAGAAAGAAGGCAUGGGAUGAAUUUGAGGAAGUUAUGGCCAGACUAAAGAUUCAAUAUGAAAAGAUGAAACCAGAAUUGAUUUCUCUCAAGGGUUACGAUCCAGAUGAGUACAAUAUGGAAGAAGUUGAAGAAGUUAUUGAAACUACUGAAGAGGUCAUUGAAUAA